UGGCGACGCGUGCGGGCGCGGGCGGGAGCGGGGCUCGCGGGGCGCCUUCCCAGCUGGAGGGGCGGUCGGCAGGCCUAGGGUGGAGAGGGUCGGCGUGGUGAGGUCCUGUCCACACCAUGUCCAGCAAAGUGGAGAAGAAGCAGAAAGUGAGCGCCCGGGCAAGCGGUGGCCGUGGAGGCACCCGCAGGAGAACUACCCAGGAGGUGCUGGCCUCGCAGGCCGAGGAGAGCCUCCUGCCCUCCACAGAGCCCCAGCUGGAGCCUGAGGCCCUCAAGGAGGAGCCCGAGCCACCAUUGGAGGAACCCCAGGUAGAGAAGGAAGAAUUCCAGGAGCCCGAGGUGGAUGUGAAGCCCCUUUUCCGGUCCCGAGCUGUGCUGACGGGACUAGCGGAUGCCGUCUGGACAGCGGAGCAUGACGCCGUUCUGGAACACUUUGCCCAGGACCCUUCAGAGGUCAUCCUCACCAUCUACAUCGACCCCUAUAUGGGGCUGAAGCUAGAUCUGGGCAUGCCUGUGCAGACCCAGAACCAGAUUGUCUACUUCAUUCGCUGCGCACCGGUUCCCAUCACCCCAGAGAACUUUGAGGCAACUGUGCAGUUUGGGACUGUGCGGGGCUCCUACAUCCCAGCCCUGCUGCGGCUGCUCAGUGGGGUCUUUGCCCCCCAGAUCUUUACAAACACGACCUGGCCUGAGAGCAUCCGGAAUCAUUUUGCUUCUCAUCUGCACAGAUUCUUGGCCUGCCUGACAGAUACUCGGUACAAACUGGAGGGGCACACCGUGCUCUAUAUUCCUGCGGAGGCCAUGAAUGUGGCGCCCGAGGUGGUGGUGAAGGACAAGGAGCUGGUACAGCGGCUGGAGACCUCCAUGAUCCACUGGACCCGGCAGAUAAAGGAGGUGCUCAAUGCCCAGGAGUCUGUGGAGACAGGAGAAAAUUUAGGUCCGUUGGAGGAGAUUGAGUUCUGGCGCAACCGGUGCAUGGACCUGUCCGGCAUCAGUAAGCAGCUGGUGAAGGAUGGCGUGAAGCACAUUGAGUCCAUCCUGCGUCUUGCCAAGUCCUCCUACCUGGCGCCCUUUAUGAAGCUGGCCCAGCAGAUCCAGGAUGGUUCCCGGCAAGCGCAGUCGAACCUGACGUUUUUGUCGAUCCUGAAGGAGCCCUACCAGGAGUUGGCCUACAUGCGGCCCAGGGACAUCUGCAGUAAACUCCCCAAGCUCAUCAAUCUCAUCCGCAUCAUCUGGGUCAACUCUCCGCACUACAACACGCGGGAGAGGCUGACCUCCCUCUUCCGGAAGAUGAGCAAUGAGAUCAUUCGCUUGUGCUGCCACGCCAUCUCUCUGGACCGGAUCUUCGAGGGCUACGUCACUUCCAGCAGGGAGGACUUGCAGGGCUGUAUCACCUGCUGUCAGGCCUGGAAAGAUCACUACCUGCGGGCCGUGCAGAUGCAUACCCAGUUCUCUAGCCGGGGCUGGGUGCUGGAUCAGACCAGUAUAUUCGCCCAGGUGGACGCCUUCGUGCAACGCUGCAAGGACCUCACUGAGGUGUGCGACUGCCAGUACCACUUCGCCCGCUGGGAGGACGGCCAGCAGGCUCCGCUCCCCUGUUUCUUCGGGGCCCAGGGGCCCCAGAUCACGCGGAACUUGCUGGAGAUUGAGGACAUCUUUCACAAGUAUCUCAAUAUGCUGCGGGCUGUCCGCGGGGGCAUCCUGGAUGUGAAGAACACGUCCUGGCAUGAGGACUACAACAGGUUUCGUAAUGGAGUCAAGGACCUGGAGGUGAUGACUCAGAACCUGAUCACCUCUGCCUUUGAGUUAGUCCGGGACGUGGAGCAGGGAGUGCUGCUGCUGGACACCUUCCACAGGCUGGCCACGCGGGAGGCCAUCAAGCGGACUUACGACAAGAAGGCGGUGGAUCUCUACAUGCUAUUCAACAGCGAGCUGGCCCUGGUGAACAGGGAGCUGAGCAAGAAGUGGCUGUACCUGGAGCCCUAUAGGGCCCAGUACUCGGGGCAGGCAUACUGGAUGCGGAUCCUACGGCAUCGCAUUGACAGGGUCAUGAACUGUCUUUCCAGUGCCCACUUCCUGCCUCACAUCGGAAGUGGAGAGGAGAGUGCGCACACUUACCAGCAGAUGGUUCAGGCCAUCGACGAACUGGUCCGGAAAACCUUCCAAGACUGGACGCUAACGCUGGACAAGGACUGCAUCCGGCGGCUGGACACGCCGCUGUUACGAGUCAGCCAGGAGAAGCCGGGCAUGCUGGAUGUCAACUUUGACAAGUCCCUGCUGAUUCUCUUCGUGGAGAUCGACUACUGGGAGCGGCUGCUCUUUGAGACGCCCCACUACGUGAUGAAUGUGGCGGAGCGCGCCGAGGACCUGCGCGUUCUCCGGGAGAACCUGCUGCUCGUGGCCCGAGACUACAACCGGAUCAUCGCCAUGCUGUCCCUCGACGAGCAGGCCCUCUUCAAAGAGCGCAUCCGAUUCCUGGAUAAGAAGAUCCAUCCUGGACUCAAGAAGCUGCACUGGGCCUUGAAGGGGGCCAGUGCCUUCUUCAUCACGGAGUGCCGCAUACAUGCCAGCAAGGUGCAGGCCAUCGUGAACGAGUUCAAGGCCUCCACUCUGACCAUCGGCUGGCGAGCGCAGGAGAUCUCCGAGACGCUGCUGGUGCGCAUCAGUGGCAAACGGGUGUACCGGGACCUGGAGUUUGAGGAGGACCAGCGGGAGCACCGCGCGGCUGUGCUGCAGAAGCUACAGCGCCUGCACCAGGACGUGGUGGCCAUCAUGACCAACUCCUACGAGGUCUUCAAGAACGACAGCCCGGAGAUCCAGCAGCAGUGGAUGCUGUACACGGUCCGGCUGGACCGCAUGCUGGAGGACGCUCUGCGUCUCAAUGUGAAGUGGUCGCUGCUGGAGCUGUCCAAGGCCAUCAACGGGGACGGGAAGACCACACCCAACCCCCUCUUCCGAGUCCUGGUCACUUUGCAGAACGACGCACAGGGAGGUGUGGCGCAGGUGGAGUUCUCACCCACUCUCCAGACUCUGGCAGGCGUGGUCAACGACAUUGGCCACCACCUCUUCUCCACCAUCUCUGUCUUCCGCCACCUCCCCGAGAUUCUCAUCAGGCGCAAGUUUCAUCGUGACCCCAUCCACGUCAUCGUGGAGCGAGACGAGGACAUCAGGAAGAUCCAGGCCCAGAUCAGCAGCGGCAUGACCAACAAUGCGACCCUGCUGCAGAACUACCUCAAGACCUGGGAUCUGUACCGGGAGAUCUGGGAGAUCAACAAGGACUCAUUCAUUCGCCGCUACCAGCGCCUCAACCCCCCUGUCUCUUCGUUCGAUGCCGACAUUGCCCGCUACACGGAGGUGGCCAACAAUGUGCAGAAAGAGGAGACGGUGCUCAACAUCCAGUUCGUGCUGCUGGACUGCUCCCACCUCAAGUUCUCGCUCGUGCAGCACUGCAACGAGUGGCAGAACAAGUUCACGACCCUGCUCAAGGAGAUGGCGGCCCGGCGCCUCCUGGAGCUCCACACCUACCUGCGGGAGAAUGGGGAGAAAAUCAGCCGCCCUCCCCAGACGCUGGAGGAGCUAGGGGUCAGUUUGCAACUCAUGGAGACCCUGCAGCACGACCUACCCAACCUAGAGACCCAGAUCCCCCCCAUACACGAGCAGUUCACCAUUCUGGAGAAGUACGAGGUGCCGGUUCAGGAAAACGUUCUGGAGAUGCUGGACAGUCUCAAUGGGGAGUGGGUUGUCUUCCAACAAAUCCUGUUGGACAGUGAGCAAAUGCUGAAGAAACACAAGGAGAAAUUCAAGACAGGCCUCAUCCACUCAGCAGACGACUUCAAGAAGAAAGCGCAUAACCUCCUGGAAGACUUUGAAUCCAAAGGCCCCUUCACCAGUAGCGUGGGGCACCAGGCAGCCCUGGAACAGAUCGCGCACAUGCGGGCCACGCUGAACGCCAUGCGGGAAGAGGAAAACAGUCUCCGCUCCAACCUGGGCAUCUUCAAGAUCGAGCAGCCGGCCUCCAAGGACCUGCAGAACCUGGAGAAGGAGCUGGAGGCCCUGCAGCAGGUGUGGGAGAUCACCCGGGACUGGGAGGAGAACUGGAGCCAGUGGAAGACCGGCCGCUUCCUGAUGCUGCAGACAGAGGCCAUGGAGGCCAUGGCGCACGGGCUGUUCCGCCGGCUCACCAGGCUGGCCAAGGAGUACAAGGACCGCAACUGGGAAAUCAUUGAGAGCACGCGCGCCAAAAUCGAGCAGUUCAAGAGGACGAUGCCGCUCAUCUCGGACCUGCGCAACCCGGCCCUGAGACAGAGGCACUGGGAUCAGGUCAGGGACGAGAUCCAACGGGAAUUUGAUCAGGAAUCUGAGAGCUUCACCUUGGAGCAGAUCGUGGACCUCGGGAUGGACCAGCAUGUGGAGAAAAUCGGGGAGAUCUCUGCGUCAGCAACCAAAGAGCUGGCCAUAGAGUUGGCAUUACAGAACAUUGCCAAGACUUGGAAUGUGAUCCAGCUGGACAUUGUCCCCUAUAAGGACAAGGGCCAUCACCGACUCCGAGGCACAGAGGAGAUAUUCCAGGCCCUGGAAGAUAACCAGGUGGCUUUGUCUACCAUGAAGGCGUCCCGUUUUGUCAAGGCCUUUGAGAAGGAAGUGGACCACUGGGAGCGCUGCCUCUCCCUCAUCCUGGAGGUUGUGGAGAUGGUGCUGACAGUGCAGCGCCAGUGGAUGUACCUAGAGAACAUCUUCAUCGGAGAGGACAUCCGUAAGCAGCUUCCCAAUGAGUCAGCCCUGUUUGACCAGGUCAACAGCAGCUGGAAGUCCAUCAUGGACCAGAUGAGCAGGGACAGCAACGCUCUGCAGAGCACGCACCGCCCAGGCCUCCUGGACACGCUGACACAAAUGAACACGGUUCUGGAGGACAUUCAGAAGUCUCUGGACAUGUACCUGGAGACCAAGCGCCAUGUCUUCCCCCGCUUCUAUUUCCUGUCCAACGAUGACCUCCUGGAGAUUCUGGGCCAGUCCCGCAACCCAGAGGCCGUGCAGCCGCACCUUAAAAAGUGCUUCGACAACAUCAAAUUGCUGAGAAUGCAGAAGGUUGGGGGACCCGGCAGCAAGUGGGAAGCCGUGGGAAUGUUCUCGGGUGAUGGCGAGUACGUUGACUUCCUCCACCCCGUCCUUCUGGAGGGGCCUGUGGAGUCCUGGCUUGGUGACGUGGAGCGGACCAUGAGGGUCACCCUGCGGGACCUGCUCCGGAACUGUCGCCUGGCCCUCAAGAAGUUUCUUAACAAGAGGGACAAGUGGGUGAAGGAGUGGGCUGGCCAGGUGGUGAUCACGGCCAGUCAGAUCCAGUGGACGGCCGACGUCACCAAGUGCCUGCUGACGGCGAAGGAGCGAGGAGACAAGAAAAUCCUCAAAGUCAUGAAGAAGAAGCAGGUGUCGGUCCUGAACAAGUACUCGGAAGCCAUCAGGGGGAGCCUGACCAAAAUCAUGCGGCUAAAAAUCGUGGCGCUGGUGACCAUAGAAGUCCAUGCACGGGACGUGCUGGAGAAGCUGUACAAGGCCGGCCUCAUGGACAUCAGCUCCUUCGACUGGCUCAGCCAGCUGCGCUUUUACUGGGACAAGGAUCUGGACGACUGCUUGAUCCGCCAGACCAACACACAGUUCCAGUACAGCUAUGAGUACUUGGGGAACUCUGGCCGGCUGGUCAUCACCCCGCUGACCGACAGGUGUUACAUGACCCUGACCACGGCCCUGCACCUGCACCGGGGGGGCUCCCCCAAAGGUCCGGCGGGCACGGGGAAGACGGAGACCGUCAAGGACCUGGGCAAGGCCCUCGGCAUAUACGUCAUCGUGGUCAACUGCUCCGAGGGCCUAGACUACAAGUCCAUGGGCAGGAUGUAUUCAGGCCUGGCCCAGACCGGCGCCUGGGGCUGCUUUGACGAGUUUAACCGCAUCAACAUAGAGGUGCUGUCCGUGGUGGCCCAGCAGAUCCUGUCCAUCCUGUCCGCCCUGGCCACCAGCCUCACCCGCUUCUACUUCGAGGGCUUUGAAAUAAACCUGGUGUGGUCCUGUGGGAUCUUCAUCACCAUGAACCCGGGCUAUGCCGGCCGCACAGAGCUGCCGGACAACCUGAAAUCCAUGUUCCGGCCCAUCGCCAUGGUGGUGCCCGAUUCCACUCUCAUCGCCGAGAUCAUCCUCUUUGGGGAGGGCUUUGGCAACUGCAAGAUUCUGGCCAAGAAGGUGUACACGCUGUACUCACUGGCCGUGCAGCAGCUGUCCCGACAGGACCACUACGACUUUGGCCUGCGUGCCCUCACCUCCCUCCUGCGCUACGCGGGCAGGAAGCGUCGCGUGCAGCCGGACAUGUCUGACGAAGAGGUUUUGCUACUCUCAAUGAGAGACAUGAACAUUGCCAAGCUCACCUCUGUCGACGUACCGCUCUUCAAUGCCAUCGUGCAAGACCUGUUCCCCAACGUCGAGCUGCCCACCAUUGACUAUGGCAAGCUGCGGGACACCAUCGAGCAGGAGAUCCGCGACAUGGGCCUGCAGAGCACACCAUUCACCCUCACCAAGGUCAUCCAACUGUACGAGACCAAAAACUCACGCCACUCCACCAUGAUCGUGGGCUGCACAGGCAGCGGCAAGACCACCUCAUGGCGUAUCCUCCAGGCCUCCCUGUCCUCACUGUGCCGUGCCGGAGAGCCCAACUUCAACAUGGUCAGGGAGUUCCCCUUGAACCCGAAGGCGUUGUCCCUGGGGGAGCUGUAUGGGGAGUAUGACCUCAACACAAACGAGUGGACAGACGGCAUCCUGUCCAGCGUCAUGCGGACGGCAUGUGCAGACGAGAAGCCGGAUGAGAAGUGGAUCCUUUUCGAUGGCCCUGUGGACACGCUGUGGAUCGAGAGCAUGAACUCAGUCAUGGACGACAACAAAGUCCUGACCCUCAUCAAUGGGGAGCGCAUCGCAAUGCCUGAGCAGGUGUCCCUCCUGUUCGAAGUGGAGAACUUGGCCGUGGCGUCUCCCGCCACCGUGUCCCGCUGCGGGAUGGUCUACACCGACUACACCGACCUGGGCUGGAAGCCCUACGUGCAGUCCUGGCUGGAGAAGAGGCCGAAGGCGGAGAUAGAGCCUCUGCAGCGCAUGUUCGAGAAGUUCAUUAGCAAGAUGCUGGCCUUCAAGAAGGACUACUGCGCCGAGCUGGUGGCUGUCCCGGAGUACAGCGGCAUCAUCUCCCUCUGCAAGCUCUACUCUGCCCUGGCCACGCCAGAGAACGGGGUGAACCCGGCGGACAGUGAAAACUACAUCUCCAUGGUGGAGAUGACCUUUGUGUUCAGCAUGAUCUGGUCCGUGUGCGCGUCUGUGGACGAGGAGGGACGCAAGAGAAUUGACAGCUAUGUCCGGGAGAUUGAGGGCUCCUUUCCCAAUAAGGACACGGUGUACGAGUACUUCGUGGACCCCAAGAUGCGGAACUGGACGUCAUUUGAGGACAAGCUCCCGAAGAGCUGGCGCUACCCUCCCAACUCCCCCUUCUAUAAGAUCAUGGUGCCCACAGUCGACACCGUUCGCUACAACUACCUAGUGAGUGCCCUGGUGGCCAGGCAAAACCCCGUCCUGCUGGUGGGUCCUGUGGGGACCGGGAAGACGUCCAUCGCCCAGAGUGUCCUGCAAUCCCUGCCCUCCAGCCAGUGGUCGGUGCUGAUCGUCAACAUGUCUGCACAGACCACGUCCAACAAUGUGCAGAGCAUCAUUGAGAGCCGGGUGGAGAAGCGAACCAAGGGCGUUUACGUCCCGUUUGGGGGCAAGAGCAUGAUCACCUUUAUGGACGACCUGAACAUGCCCGCGAAGGACAUGUUCGGGUCCCAGCCCCCGCUGGAGCUGAUCCGCCUUUGGAUCGACUACGGCUUCUGGUAUGACCGCACCAAGCAGACCAUCAAGUACAUCCGAGACAUGUUCCUGAUGGCCGCCAUGGGACCCCCCGGGGGCGGACGGACCGCCAUCUCCCCCAGGCUCCAGGGUCGCUUCAACAUCAUCAACAUGACCUUCCCCACAGCGGGCCAGGAGCUGGCAAAGGCGAGCGUCAGGGCCUGUCCCCAGGAGUCGCAGAUCACCCGAAUAUUCGGCACCAUGAUCAACCAGAAGCUGCAGGACUUCGAGGAGGAGGUGAAGGCCAUCGGCAAUGUGGUGACUGAGGCCACCUUGGACGUGUACAACACGGUGGUGCAGCGCUUCCUGCCCACGCCCGCCAAGAUCCACUACCUGUUCAACCUCCGGGACAUCUCCAAGGUGUUCCAGGGCAUGCUCAGGGCCAACAAGGACUUCCACGACACCAAGUCCAGCAUCACGCGGCUCUGGAUCCAUGAGUGUUUCAGAGUCUUCUCAGACCGGCUGGUGGACGCGGCAGACAUGGAGGCCUUCGUGGGCAUCAUCAGCGACAAGCUCGGCUCCUUCUUCGACCUCACGUUUCACAAUCUGUGCCCCACCAAGCGCUCUCCCAUCUUCGGGGACUUCAUGAGGGAGCCCAAGGUGUACGAGGACCUGACGGACCUGGCGGCCCUGAAAGCGGCCAUGGAGGCGGCGCUUCGCGAGUACAAUCUGUCCCCCGCCGUGGUGCCCAUGCAGCUGGUGCUCUUCCGAGAGGCCAUCGAGCACAUCGCGCGGAUCGUGCGCGUCAUCGGACAGCCUCGGGGCAACAUGCUCUUGGUGGGCAUCGGGGGCAGCGGGCGCCAGAGUCUGGCCCGCCUGGCCUCCUCCAUCUGCGAGUACAUCACGUUCCAGAUCGAGGUCACCAAGCAUUAUCGCAAGCAGGAGUUCCGAGAAGAUAUCAAGCGCCUGUACCGCCAGGCAGGAGUGGAGCUCAAGCCCACGUCCUUCCUUUUCGUGGACACCCAGAUCGCCGACGAGUCCUUCCUGGAGGACAUCAACAAUAUCUUGAGCUCAGGGGAGGUCCCCAAUCUCUACAAGGCUGAUGAAUUCGAAGAGAUCCAGACGCUCAUCGUGGAGCAGGCCAAGGCGGAGCAGGUGUCCCCGUCCUCCGACAGCCUCUUCGCCUACCUCAUCGAGCGCGUGCGCGACAACCUGCACAUCAUUCUCUGCCUCAGCCCUGUGGGCGACCCUUUCAGGAACUGGAUCCGCCAGUACCCGGCCUUAGUGAACUGCACGACCAUCAACUGGUUCUCAGAGUGGCCCCGAGAGGCCCUGCUGGAGGUGGCUGAGAAGUACCUCGUGGGAGUGGACCUGGGGACGCAGGAGAAUAUCCACAGGAAGGUUGCCAAGAUCUUCGUCACCAUGCACUGGUCGGUGGCACGGUACUCCCAGAAGAUGCUGCUCGAGCUGCGGAGACACAACUACGUCACCCCCACCAACUACUUAGAGCUCGUGUCCGGGUACAAGAGGUUGCUGGGAGAGAAGCGGGAGGAGCUGCUGGACCAGGCCAACAAGCUGCGGACAGGACUGUUCAAGAUUGACGAAACCAGAGAGAAGGUGGAAGUGAUGUCCCUGGAGCUGGAGGACGCCAAGAAGAAGGUGGCUGAGUUCCAGAAGCAGUGCGAGGAGUAUCUGGUCAUCAUCGUGCAGCAGAAGCGAGAAGCAGACGAGCAGCAGAAGGCAGUCACAGCCAAUAGUGAGAAGAUUGCAGUCGAGGAAGUCAAGUGCCAGGCACUGGCUGACAAUGCCCAGAAGGAUCUAGAAGAGGCCUUGCCAGCCCUGGAGGAAGCCAUGCGGGCCCUGGAGUCCCUGAACAAGAAGGAUAUAGGAGAGAUCAAGUCUUACGGACGGCCCCCCGCCCAAGUGGAAAUGGUGAUGCAGGCCGUCAUGAUUCUUCGAGGCAACGAGCCCUCGUGGGCAGAGGCCAAGAGGCAGCUAGGGGAGCAGAACUUCAUCAAGUCCCUGAUCCACUUUGAUAAAGACAAUAUCUCGGACAAGGUUUUGAAAAAGAUCGGGGCCUACUGCGCGCAGCCCGACUUCCAGCCUGACAUCAUCGGCCGAGUCUCACUUGCGGCCAAGUCCCUGUGCAUGUGGGUGCGGGCCAUGGAGCUGUACGGGCGCCUGUACCGCGUGGUGGAGCCCAAGAGGAUUCGGAUGAACGUUGCCCUGGCCCAGCUUCAGGAGAAGCAAGCAGCGCUGGCCGAGGCCCAGGAGAAGCUGCGGGAGGUGGCCCAGAAACUGGAGAUGCUGAAGAAACAGUACGACGAGAAGCUGGCCCAGAAGGAGGAGCUCCGGAAGAAAUCGGAGGAGAUGGAAGUGAAGCUUCAGCGAGCAGGGCUGCUGGUGUCCGGGCUGGCCGGCGAGAAGGCCCGGUGGGAGGAGACCGUGCAGGGCCUGGAGGAGGAUCUAGGCUACUUGGUGGGUGACUGUCUCCUGGCUGCUGCCUUCCUGUCCUACAUGGGCCCCUUCCUGACCAACUACCGGGAUGAGAUCGUCAACCAGAUCUGGAUGAAGAGGAUCUGGGAGCUGCAUGUCCCGUGCUCACCCCGCUUUACCUUUGAUAACUUCCUGUCCAAUCCUACCAAAGUUCGAGACUGGAACAUCCAAGGGUUGCCCUCGGAUGCCUUUUCCACGGAGAAUGGCAUCAUCGUCACCCGUGGCAACAGGUGGGCGCUGAUGAUUGACCCCCAGGCCCAGGCCCUGAAGUGGAUCAAGAACAUGGAAGGAAACCAGGGCCUCCAGAUUAUUGACCUACAGAUGAGUGACUACCUCCAAAUUCUAGAAAAGGCCAUCCAGUUCGGAUACCCUGUGCUGCUCCAGAAUGUGCAGGAGUAUCUGGACCCCACCCUCAACCCCGUGCUCAACAAAUCUGUAACUCGAAUCGGUGGUCGGCUCCUGAUGCGCAUCGGAGACAAGGAAGUGGAGUACAAUCCGAAUUUCCGGUUCUACAUCACCACCAAGCUCUCCAACCCCCACUACAGCCCGGAGACCUCGGCCAAGACCACCAUUGUCAACUUUGCCGUCAAAGAACAGGGCCUGGAGGCUCAGCUGCUGGGGAUCGUGGUCCGGAAGGAGCGGCCGGAGCUCGAGGAGCAGAAGGACUCGUUGGUCAUCAAUAUCGCUGCCGGCAAGAGGAAGCUCAAGGAGCUGGAGGACGAGAUCCUUCGGCUGCUGAAUGAGGCCACAGGCUCCCUGCUGGACGAUGUGCAGCUGGUGAACACCCUGCGGACUUCCAAGGUGACGGCCACUGAGGUGACGGAGCAGCUGGAGACCAGCGAGACCACGGAGAUCAACAUCGACCUGGCCCGGGAGGCUUACCGCCCCUGCGCCCAGCGGGCCUCAGUACUGUUCUUCGUGCUCAACGACAUGGGCCGCAUCGACCCCAUGUACCAGUUCUCACUGGACGCCUACAUCGGCCUCUUCAUCCUCAGCAUCGACAAGAGCCACCGGAGCAACAAGCUGGAGGACCGCAUCGACUACCUGAACGAGUACCACACUUACGCAGUCUACAGGUACACCUGCCGCACACUGUUUGAGCGCCACAAGCUGCUGUUCAGUUUCCAGAUGUGCGCCAAAAUCCUGGAGACCUCCGGCAAGCUCAACAUGGAUGAGUACAACUUCUUUCUUCGCGGAGGUGUGGUCCUGGAUCGGGAGGGCCAGAUGGACAAUCCCUGCACCAGCUGGCUGGCGGACGCCUACUGGGAUAACAUCACUGAGCUGGACAAGCUGACCAACUUCCACGGACUCAUGAACUCCUUCGAACAGUACCCCCGGGACUGGCACCUGUGGUACACCAAUGCCACCCCCGAGAAGGCCAUGCUGCCAGGUGAGUGGGAGAACGCGUGCAACGAGAUGCAGCGUAUGCUGAUCGUGCGCUCACUGCGCCAGGACCGCGUGGCCUUCUGUGUCACCUCUUUCAUCGUGUCCAACCUGGGCUCCCGCUUCGUUGAGCCGCCUGUGCUGAACAUGAAGCUGGUAAUGGAGGAUUCCAGCCCGCGAACCCCGCUGGUCUUCAUCCUGUCCCCUGGAGUGGACCCCACCAGUGCCCUCCUGCAGCUGGCGGAGCACACAGGCAUGGCCCAGCGCUUCCACGCCCUGUCGCUGGGCCAGGGCCAGGCCCCCAUCGCUGCCCGGCUGCUCCGGGAGGGUGUGAGUCAGGGCCACUGGGUGUUCCUCGCUAACUGCCACCUGUCCCUGUCUUGGAUGCCUAAUCUGGACAAACUGGUGGAGCAGCUGCAGGUGGCAGAGCCCCAUCCGUCCUUCCGCCUUUGGCUCAGCUCCAGCCCACACCCCGACUUCCCCAUCUCCAUCCUGCAGGCCAGCAUCAAGAUGACCACAGAGCCCCCCAAGGGCCUGAAGGCUAACAUGACACGUCUUUACCAGCUGAUGACGGAAGCACAAUUUUCUCGCUGUGCCAAACCUGCCAAGUAUAAGAAGCUGCUGUUUGCCCUCUGCUUCUUCCAUUCUGUGUUGCUGGAGCGCAAAAAGUUCCUGCAGCUUGGCUGGAACAUCAUCUAUGGCUUCAAUGACUCUGACUUUGAGGUGUCGGAGAACUUGCUGAGUCUCUAUCUGGAUGAGUACGAGGAGACCCCGUGGGAUGCCCUCAAGUACCUCAUUGCCGGUGUCAACUACGGUGGGCACGUGACAGAUGACUGGGACCGGCGCUUGCUCACCACCUACAUCAACGACUAUUUCUGUGACCAGGCUCUGUCGACCCCCUUUCACCGGUUGUCAGUCCUGGAGGCUUAUUUCAUCCCCAAAGACGGAAGCCUGGCCUCUUACAAGGAGUACAUCAGCAUGCUGCCGGGCAUGGACCCCCCCGAGGCCUUUGGCCAGCACCCCAAUGCUGACGUGGCCUCCCAGAUCACUGAGGCACGGACUCUCUUUGAGACUCUGCUGUCCCUGCAACCCCAGAUUACUCCUGCCAGGGCUGGAAGCCAGAGCCGGGAAGAGAAGGUCCUCGAGCUGGCCGCUGAUGUGAAACAGAAGAUCCCUGAAAUGAUCGACUAUGAGGGGACCCGAAAACUGCUGGCCAUGGACCCCUCCCCUCUCAAUGUGGUCCUCCUGCAGGAGAUCCAGAGAUACAACAAGCUUAUGGAGACCAUCCUGUCCUCACUGACAGACCUUGAGAAAGGCAUUCAGGGCCUCAUUGUGAUGUCUACAAGCCUCGAAGAGAUUUUCAAUUGCAUCUUUGAUGCCCACGUCCCUCCGCUCUGGGGAAAGGCAUAUCCCUCACAGAAGCCACUGGCUUCCUGGACCCGGGACUUGGCCACGCGCGUGGAACAGUUUGAGCUGUGGGCCAGCCGUGCCCGGCCUCCCGUGAUCUUCUGGCUGUCUGGGUUCACCUUUCCCACCGGCUUCCUCACUGCAGUGCUGCAGUCCUCAGCUCGCCAAAACAACAUUCCGGUGGACAACCUCUCUUGGGAGUUCAUUGUUUCCACCGUGGAUGACAGCAACCUAGUGUAUCCGCCCAAGGAUGGAGUCUGGGUCCGUGGCCUGUACCUGGAGGGCGCUGGCUGGGACAGGAAGAACUCCUGCUUGGUAGAGGCGGAGCCCAUGCAGCUUGUCUGCCCCAUGCCCACCAUCCACUUCAGGCCUACAGAAAGUCGCAAGAAGAGCGCCAAGGGUAUGUACUCCUGUCCCUGCUAUUACUAUCCCAACCGAGCGGGCAGCUCAGACCGAUCCUCCUUUGUCAUCGGCAUCGACCUCCGAUCGGGGACCAUGACAUCUGAUCACUGGAUCAAGAGGGGCACUGCUCUGCUCAUGAGCCUGGACAACUGACAAGGCCUCCUCUUCCUCCCGGCUUGAGGGAGGGUCGGGGACUCUGGGGACGGAGGCUGGACUUAACGGGGGCCACAGAAUGGGGGCCGGGAGACAGCUAGGUGUACUGGCCAUAAAGGACGAAGAAUUGUAUAGGAACUCAGAGCAGUAAAAUGCCUUCAACCGUA